GACCCGCCUUUCUCAUUAUUUCACUCUCCAGAAGAUCAAAAACCCUAAAAACACAAACAAUCUCCAUCACCGAAACUUCUCAUCGGCCGGAGCACUCAUUCUUCUUCUCCUCCUUCUUCGGCGGUGGCGCAUUCUCCCAGCUUGUCUGACUACACUCAGACAAGCUCCAAAUUCUAAAGCGGUAUAAUCAUGGCGACUGAGGUGAUGUCCAUGGAGGACAUAAGAGCCUCCGCGUUACGUCUCGGCAUCGACUUCUCUGAAGUGGAUUUGGAUUCCAUUCGCCUCCCUCCUGGCGAAGACUUCGGCAUCAUCAGUGAUGACGAGGAUUUGAAGGAGGAAGAGGAGUUGGAAUUCGAGGCCGGGUUCGGCAACAUAAUUGUGGUGGACAAUUUGCCCGUGGUUCCUAAAGAGAAAUUUGAAAAAUUGGAAGGGGUUAUUCGCAAAAUUUAUAGCCAGAUUGGGGUGAUUAAGGAUGACGGUUUAUGGAUGCCAGUUGACCAUACUGGCAAAACUCUGGGAUACUGUUUUAUAGAGUAUAAUACACCUCAGGAAGCUGAACUUGCAAAAGAGAAGACUAAUGGAUACAAGUUGGAUAGAUCUCAUAUAUUUGCUGUGAACAUGUUUGAUGACAUUGAAAAGUUUAUGAAAGUUCCAGAUGAGUGGGCUCCUCCAGAAAUUAAACCUUACUCACCAGGGGAAAAUCUGCAACACUGGCUUACUGAUGAGAAAGCUAGAGAUCAAUUUGUAAUUCGUGCUGGCAGUGACACCGAGGUGCUGUGGAAUGAUGCUAGACAGUUGAAGCCUGAUCCUGUUUACAAACGUCCUUUCUGGACCGAGAGUUUUGUUCAGUGGUCCCCGCUGGGUACCUAUUUAGCCACACUGCACAGGCAAGGUGCUGUAGUUUGGGGUGGUGCCUCUGCUUUCAAUCGCUUAACGCGCUAUGCUCACCCUCAGGUUAGACUGAUCGAUUUUUCUCCUGGUGAGGGGUUUUUGGUGACUUACAGCAGCCAUGAACCUAGCAAUCCUCGUGAUACUCAUAGGGUAGUUCUCAACAUUUUUGAUGUGAGAUCUGGAAAAGUAAUGCGAGAUUUCAAGGGAAGUGUAGAUGAAUUUGCUAUUGGAGGAACUGGGGGCGUUACUGGUGUUUCUUGGCCUGUUUUCAGGUGGGGUGGUGGGAAGGAUGACAAAUACUUUGCCCGAAUAGGGAAGAACGUCAUCUCUGUUUAUGAAACUGAGACAUUUACUCUUAUUGACAAGAAAUCCAUAAAGGUUGAAAAUGUCAUGGACUUUAGUUGGUCACCGACCGAUCCUAUCCUUGCACUAUUUGUUCCAGAACUUGGUGGAGGGAAUCAGCCUGCAAGGGUAAGUCUUGUGCAAAUCCCAAGCAAGGAGGAAUUGAGGCAGAAGAAUCUUUUUAGUGUUAGUGACUGCAAAAUGUAUUGGCAAAGCAAUGGUGACUACCUGGCUGUGAAAGUUGAUCGGUACACAAAAACAAAGAAGAGUACGUAUACUGGGUUUGAGCUUUUCAGAAUUAAAGAGAGAGAUAUUCCCAUUGAAGUAUUGGAACUUGAGAAUAAGAAUGAUAAGAUUAUUGCAUUUGCUUGGGAGCCAAAGGGCCAUAGAUUUGCAGUUAUUCAUGGCGAUAACCCUAGGCCUGACAUAAGUUUCUACUCAAUGCGGACUGCUCAUAAUACUGGUCGGGUUUCAAAACUCACAACUAUCAAGGGCAAGCAGGCAAAUGCACUUUACUGGUCACCAGCUGGUCGGUUCAUUGUGCUGGCUGGGUUGAAAAAUUUCAAUGGGCAAUUGGAGUUCUACAAUGUUGAUGAGCUUGAAACCAUGGCAACAGCUGAGCAUUUCAUGGCAACAGAUAUUGAAUGGGAUCCCACGGGAAGGUAUGUUGCUACGUCAGUAACUUCAGUUCAUGAGAUGGAAAAUGGUUUCAACAUAUGGUCAUUCAAUGGCAAACUGUUAUAUCGUAUUCUCAAGGAUCACUUUUUCCAGUUUUCUUGGCGUCCAAGGCCUCCAUCCCUUUUGAGCCCUGAGAAGGAAGAAGAGAUAUCCAAGAACCUGAAGAAGUACAGCAAGAAGUAUGAAGCAGAGGAUCAGGAUGUCUCCCUCCAGUUGAGUGAGCAGGAACGCGAGAAGCGAAAGAUUGUGAAGGAAGAGUGGGAGAGGUGGAUCAGCGAGUGGAAACAGCUGCAAGAAGAGGAAAAAUUAGAAAGACAGAAGCUUCGUGAUGGGGAAGCCAGUGAUGAAGAGGAGGAAUACGAGGCCAAAGACGUAGAAGUGGAGGAAUUACUAGAUGUUCAAGAGGAGGUUAUUUCUUUUGACUAGCAGCUGGUGCAAAUAUUUAUCGUAAUUUGGUCCCAGAACUAGAAGAUUUCAAAGUUGCUUGUAGAGGUCCUCCCAGAACUGUGAGAGAAGGCAACUGGAGUUAAUUCAUUCCCAGAAUUGUGGCCAGCAGACCCCAUAAGAUCCCCCUUUAAACCCAAAGACAGGCAGGAAUAGUCAGGAUAUUGAGUCAGUUUUGCGGUAGUUAUUAAUUAUUUUGUUGUAUUAAACUAAAUUUUGUAUUAUUCUUCAAACUUAUCUUUUAGGCUUUACUGGGAAAAGAACGUUCUGUUGAUGCAUGAAUAUGGUUUAUAUUUUAUCUGGAUCCCUUCUCCGUUUUGACGCUGGUCAAUGUUAUGCCUAUAGAUGAGGAUGUAGUUACUUGA